AUGAAUCGUUAUUUUUCAAUAUUGAUUCUUUUAUUCGGUACAAUUGGGAAUGUUCUGAACGUGCUCAUAUUUCAUCAACCUAAACAUCGAACAAAUCCAUGUGCUGUCUAUUUCUUCUAUGCAUCAAUUGCUGGUCUAAUUGCUCUUUAUUCUGGCUUAGCUAGUAGAGUUUUUGCCAUUUUCUCACUUGAUGCAUCAGCAACCAAUGCUACAAUUUGUAAAUUGCGCGCUUUCAUCGUUUGGGUAUCAACAACGGCUUCAUCCUGGCUUUUGACUUAUGCUACUAUCGAUCGAUAUUGUAUAAGUUGUCGUGAUGUGCGUCGUCGGAAUCUAAGCAAUCUUCGUUUCACACGCAGAUUAAUGAUAUUUGCAGUUGUCAGUGGAUCGUUGAUAUUUGCCGAAACUUUCUAUUGUUACGUACCAAAUCUUCGAAAUUCUCCAUUGACAUGUUACGGUCAAAAUAUGGCAUGCCGUUUGUACAAUGAAAUUGCUUCAGCACUCGCAUUCGUUUUUAUACCAUCAAUCAUUAUGCUGAUAUUUGGAUAUGCAACUGUACAAAAUGUGAGAAAAUUACUUUUCUCAAUUGCACCGACAACUAGUACACAUGGAACAACAAUGACAAUGAAGAAGACAGAUCGACAAUUGAUUCAAAUGUUAAUUGUUCAAAUUAUCCUUUUGACUAUAUUCAACAUUCCAUUGGCUAUUCAACGUCUCUAUUUAACAUCAACAUUAAAUGUUCCAAAAAGUUUGUUGAGAUCGGCAAUCGAAAAUCUUUGUUUUCAGCUAUUUUACCUUCUGAGUUUUAUGAGUUUUGGAAUGCCAUUUUACAUCUACACAUUAACCGGGACCGUGUUCAGAAAUGAAUUUAUGGAAUUAUUUCGAUUCGUUUCUCGAAAAGUAAGAAUAGCAGCAUUUUAAAGAUCGAAGAGUGUGUGUAUUCAUAACCGUUUUGUGAAAUAAUCUUAUUAAUAAAUGUUGAAGUAUAUAUUUCGUAUCGAAGUUAGCAUGUUUAUCGAAGUUAUAACUUCUAUAAACAUAUUUCAUCGAAGUUGUUUGGAUGAAGCUAAAUACAGAAAUCGUUGAUUAUUUAAAUAAUAUUAUUAAACUUGACAGCUAUAGUUAAUUUUCUACUAAGUGAGAAGCUUACAUUUGAUAAAAAAAUUCAACAAUCACAAACUAUCAACAAGUAUUGAGACAAAACAUUCUUUUUUAUCUACUCAUUUAUUUAGCUUCCGUUCAGAAAACAAGAAGUAAAUCGUAGAAAAGGUGUUCAUAAACAUUGAUGUGCCAUAAUUAGGAAUAAAAAUAUAGACUGAUAGUCACU